AUGGAUAGAGAUAAUAAGGAAAGAUUGGAAGCGAUGAAUAAAGAUAAUAAGGAAAGAUUGGAAGCGAUGAAUAAAGAUAAUAAGCAAAGAUUAGAAGCGAUGAAUAGAGAUAAUAAGGAGAGAGAUAGGGAGAAUAAGGAAAGAUUGGAAGCAAAUAAGGAAAGAUUGGAAGCGAUGGAUAGAGAUAAUAAGGAGAGAGAUAGGGAGACUAAGGAAAGAUUGGAAGCAAAUAAGGAAAGAUUGGAGGCAAUGGAUAAGGGAAAUAAAGAGGCAAUGAGGAAGCUACACACAGUUAUCGAUGAGCGUCUGUCCACAGUUAAUAAUCGGUUAGAUGAGGGGGAGAAGAAUCUGGAUGCAUUGAAGCAAGUAUGUGAUGCCGUGAAAGAAAAAGCCAAUAAUUUGGAGGUACGAGUAAGUGCAAUAGAGAGCGAUAUUCCAGAACGUAGGGACGUGUUGCCGGAUGAGCGAAUCAAAGAGAUAGUGGAGGACUUACUUGCAGAUAAACAAGGGGCAUUAGACAGCAUGGAAGCUCAAGUCACCCGGCAGGAAGUGGCGCUAAAUUAA